GCAGUAUUCUCUUCCAGCUUUCAGGUAAAGAUUAUUGAAGGCGCAAUGGAGCGGUUUGGAGUGAAGUCCGCUCCGUCACGUAACCGCUCGAAGACAGCUUUGUAUGUAACUCCUCAGGACCGUGUAACGGAGUUUGGCAGCGAGCUGCACGAAGAUGGAGGAAAGCUCUUCUGUACUUCCUGCAAUGUGGUUCUGAAUCACGUUCGCAAGUCUGCCAUCAAUGACCACCUCAAGUCUAAAACACACACAAAGCGGAAGGCAGAGUUUGAAGAACAGAACAUCAGGAAGAAGCAAAGGACUCUGACUGCUUCCCUUCAGUGCAACAGUACUGCCCAGACAGAGAAAACCAGCGUCAUCCAGGACUUUGUGAAAAUGUGCCUGGAAGCUAAUAUUCCCCUUGAGAAGGCUGACCAUCCAUCUGUGCGAGCCUUCCUGUCCCGCUACGUCAAGAAUGGCAGUUCCAUACCCAAGUCAGACCAACUAAGGAAAGCAUACCUGCCUGAUGGGUAUGACAAUGAGAACCAGCUCAUCAAUACUGAAGACCGUUGAGAAGGAAACUGUUUUCAUCAUUGUUGUGAAGUUUUACAUAUUGAUGGUGUGGUUUAUUUUUAUAUUCAUGCAUAUAAACAGUGUUACAUAUUGGUUUUACAGGCUAUUUUGUAUUAAUGUAGAAAUGACAAUCUAUUUGUGAACUUAGUGGUAUGCCACAGACUGUUGCUAACCCUGCUGUAGACUUCCGAGAACUCACAAUGAAUGUAGGGAACAUACCCUGGCAUACACCUUAGCCAUGUUCAGUCCAGCUGUACCUGAUGCCAAGAAAAAAGCACUUGGAUGGAGGACCUCACUUACCUGAACUGUGCAUCUAAAUAUACAAGGAAUAUGAUAUGAUGGAGAUUGUUAAUCAUGUCAGUGGAUUGCUUUUUCCAGUAUCCUGUCCAUGAGUGAUCAAGAGGAAAUGCUGCACAUUUGAAAUGCAAGAAGCUGUAGAAUGGUUAGUUAGAACAACUGCUGUGUUGGAGGAGAAUUAUUGCAAAUUCCUAUUUGAGUUCAGUUCACGUUCCAAAAUGGGUAACAUUUUUCUUCUAGAAUACUCUUUAUCUGAUUUGGUGCAAUUGUGGAUGUAUUGAUUAUCUGGCUCCAGCAGCUGAUCUCUUAUAUUGACCUCUCAACUCCACUGUUCUCAUGAACUUAGGAGUUCUGCAUGUUUACCAGUCCCCCUUUUCUAAAAUCACAGUUUCAUCAUCUCUGUUUAACAUGUGCCCUUCAAUUUCAGUGCCAAUUGUUGUAAGUCAAAUUGACAAACCAGUAACUGAGUGUGGCUUGCAGUGCAGUUGCUGGCGAGUGAAAUUUACACUGGGUGAAAAUCUUAGUAGAGAGGAUUAAUGCCUUCAUUUACUAGCAGGACAGAGGAUACUAGAUCUAAAUUGGGGAUGGUAGAGGCACUAAACAGUGGAGUUGAGAAAGCUUUCUUACAGUGUGUAUCAGAAGAAGCUCCUUCAGCUUUCCCUCAAGGUCUUCUCCAUCUCUGGCCUUGUUUUCAGCCUUUUAGGCAAAGGAGGUAAAGCAAUUAAGAUAGUUUUCAAAACGGAUACUAGAAAAGCUAUUCAGAGCAAACAGAAAAGAGUGCAGCUUUGCAGCUCUACUGGAAUUACGGGCCUGGGCUGUAUUUCUUACUCUGUGCCAAGGCUGUAUCUAUAAGGGGAACAAAGGCUAACAAGGACUAGCAAAAAGUAAAAUGGGCAAUCAAAGAAUUUCAAUAUGUUACCCUCUCUGAAAUCUAGUAAAGUAUUUCAGAGCUAUUCCAAAUUACUAUGCCAAAUAAUCCACUCAAUAUAAGUGCUCUAUAAAGUUUUUGAAUGGAAUGAGGGAGCUUUGUACAAAGUGCUGCAGUUAGACCACCUUCUGCCUGCUUUAGUUUUUCUUGAGGUGUUCUAGGUUUCGGGGAGGCACCAAGUAUCUUCUGGUAACACAGAACUCCUCUGCUCAGUGGAUAGUGGUAUGACUAUGCUGUAACUCCCUCAGGUGGAGGCAGUUGUUCUUUUCAGCUUCCUUUCCUCAGCAGAGUUUCACAGUAUUUGUUUCUCAGCAUUUACUUUAUUCCAGAUAUUUACAGCAAUACUAAUUGCUAAAAAGAGACAAAAUAAGCUGCUUAUUUUGUUUCUCCAGCUAUUUCUAGAGCAGUCUCUUCCACUGGACUGAGAAAGACUUAUAUACCAAGUACCAACUAGGUUUUGUGCAAUUAACUUCUAUGGAAAUGCACUUGUGUUACAUUAUAAUCAUGUCUUGUAGUCUUCUGCUAUUAGACCUGUUUGAAUAAAUGGACAAAACUAAAAGGCAGAAGGCUGCUUACCCACAUGUUCUGGUGCAUGGGUGCUAAGUACACUGCCACACCUUUGCUCCCCAUUGGUGAUAGCAGGACUCCAUGUAAGUAUAACAAUCCUAUCACUUAUACUGGUUGCUGUUUCAGAACUACAGACAGAAAUAAUGGUAAUAAUUUUUCCCCCCUCUAAACCUAGAUACAAAAAUAUGCCUUACAAAAUACUAUGUGGUCUUGCACAAGGUUGGGUUUAUCAUCAUGAACUGCCUUGGGCUACAACUGUUUUAUAGAUCUUCUUAAGCCAAGUUAAGGGUACACUGCCAAUAGCUUUUUCUGCCCUGACAGUAAUUGGAAGUGUUCUUGUACAGCUGCUGUUUCAUUACAGUGAAACAACAGCCUUGCUUUAUUUUUUUCUUACCUUAUGAAUGCUAUCUUAGAAUUGAAGCAAACACAAAACAAUGAAGUAUUGAGAAAAGAGGCUUCCAUUAUAAAGAAAAAAGGCAUUUAGGGAAGAUAGUAUGAUUACAAGGUAUAAAUUGGGACUAGUUAGCUCAGUUCUUGCUAACAUGGGAUUUCAGAGGCUGCACCCAAUAACCAUUUUAUAUUGGAUUCCAUGCUGUGUAUUUUUCCCUUGGACUGGCAAAUUGCAAGGCGUUUUGGAAAGUUUAAUGGUAACAUUAAAUAAGCUCUUACACAACUGAAAGAAAAGCAAACCAAACCAAACCCAAGUUCCUUUCACUUACAGAAAACCAGAAGUUAGCAACAUCAGCAGCUUUUGGUAAAAAGAAACCCAGUCGUUUUCACUAAGGCAAAGCAGUAUUAGAGCACUUGGUUUCUCAGAAUUUGAUUCUACUUGUAGCAGUCUGCAUACAGAGCCUCAGCUUAGAGAAGUAAUACAGUUGUGUAAAUACUGUCAGUCAUUGUUCUAGUACCACUUUUUUAAUGCAGAAUUACUGCAGAGGGUGGAAGCCUGAUGAGGAGCCUCACCAAUGUAGCCAUAGGCUACCAACUGAUGGCAAUUUGGAAGCAAAAAUUGGUCACAAGGAUUUUGAAUGGAACUGAUUUGAUUCCAAUGCACAGCAGUUUGUAGGAUGCUGGUGUCUUAAUCCUAUCGUAUUUGUUUAAGUCACAGCAUUUUCCAAGCUUUUGGAAAAUCAAGAUUCUUAUCCAUUGCAACAGAUUCAGAAUGGAGUAAACCAGUGAAAAAUAAAACACUUCCAGGUAAUCUAGAAAGAAUAAUGAGUAAAUUUAUAUUUGUGGACAUAACGCAGAUCAUCAACAAGACAUACACUUAUUUCCUGUAGGAGUAAAAAUAGCUCUACUCAGUCUUGGAAUAGAAUCCUACAAAUGCUGAAGUUUAGAGCCAGUGUGGCUGUAGCUGGAUGAAGCAUAACCUUGCUUUAAUUACUACUGAUCUUAGGGAAGAUUUACAGCAGAAGUUUUCUGGUGUAUUUAAACCUAAUAGCAAAAUCCUAGAACAGAGGCUGUGGUUGUUCAACAGUCUCCAGGGAUUGGAGGUUUUUUGGUGGGGUUUGUUUUUCCUGCAAGAACACUGCAUUAUUUUUCGAUGUAUUUCCUGUAAAGCAUACUCUCAGAAGUAAAAAGAGAACGGUGGCAACGUCUGCUUUUCAUUUUACGUGCUUAUGUAGAGACAAGCUAUAAAGGAUACUUUUGCCAGGUGGUUUUAUUAAUAUAUAUGAAGCUGUAAAUGUAAUAUAAAAGGAAAAGAAAGGUUUUCUUCUCUGACCACGCACUUAUAUUAGUUUAGGCAACUGACAGCUAAAAUUACUCCAAAGUGCUUCUCAUCAGUUUCAAAAAGUAAAACACAAACAGGCACAUUCUCUGUUUUGUGACUACUUACAUGUAUGUACCAUGUAGCUAGUUUCAGCUUGCAUGUUCUUGAAGAAACAUGAGCAAGUUCUAAUGAUUUUAAGCAUUCUGAAGCCUGUAAUUUGGCAGGUCCCUAGAGGAGGUGAAACAUUCGACAUAAUGAAAGGGAAAGCUGUUUUUCAGUUGAGAGAGAAACUUGGUUCUGCAAAGUAUGAGAUAUUCUCAUGAUAGGACUAUUUUUAGCCAGAGCCCCUUUUAGCAGUUCUGUUGAGCUGAACAGCAGAAUGUUCCCUGCAAGGGUUUUCAGCAUAAUGAGCUGGUUUUAAGGAGUGGGGAAGAGGGGAGAGCUGGAAGUUUGGCAAGGAUAAUCUCUAUUUAUAUUUACGUAUAAAGAGAGGCAAGAAUCACUGUUGUGUUCACAUUGUACUCCCUGCUAAAUCUUUUUGUGUAAUUUGAGUGCUUGUUGUCUUUGUACGUUUUUAAGAUUGUGUCUAACUUGCUAAAUAAAUCUCUUUUUUGUUUGUUUUUAACAAAGCUUCUCAUUGAAAUAAUGCUAUUAAAAGUUUAGGCUCGUUUGGGCUAGUGAAAAUGCUUUAUUUUUGGUUAGGUAGUAGGGAUGUUUCCCCAAUGCAAAGUGGCCACAGAAAUGGUUUUAUUUAAACUUGCAAGUAGAUACUAGAAUGAGGCCGAAAACGCCUGGAUCCUGCAGUGCCACAAGACUUCCUAUUAGAACAGUAAAACCAGAGUAAGUGAUUUAAGUUUUUAUAUUAAAAUAUUAUUGGAAGAUAAAUACUUUACUUUGUAAAGUUUUCACUUGGUAAUGGAAAAAUGGUUCUUAAAAAA